AUGGAAUCACCACAGUCCAUUGAUUUGAAAAAUGAAAGCAAUAGAUUAAGUACUUUUGCUGGUUGGCCAGUAUCAUUUAUCAUUAGUCCAAAAAGUUUAGCAGCUGCUGGAUUCUAUUACACCAAACAAACUGACAAAGUUAAAUGUGCAUUUUGUAAUAUUUGUAUUUGUCACUGGGAAUUUGGUGACAACGCUGUCGAUGAACACAAACGUCACAAUCCUGAAUGUAGCUUUAUCCUUAGUCAAGACUGUGGUAAUAUACCUAUUAUCGAAGGAAUUCAGUUGAGAGGAGAAUUUGUUGAAAAUCAUAAGGAAACUGGUGAACCAAUUGAUAUUCAAGGUUUGGGUGUUAGAGCUCAUAGAGUAGCUUUUCAUUUAAAGUAUAAUUCAUUCAGUGCUCGAUUAAAAUCAUUCAGAGGAUGGAAUAACGAAUCACAAAAACCUGAAGACUUGGCUACUGCUGGAUUUUUUUUUACUGGUAGUAAUGAUGAAGUUCGCUGUUAUUACUGUGAUGGAGGUCUUCAAAAUUGGGAGGUAGCUGAUAAUUCAUGGGUUGAACAUGCAAAAUGGUUUCCAAACUGUGGUUUCUUAAAUUUAGUUAAAGGAGAAAAAUUCUUGGAUGGAAGUUUGGUGGAAAGAUUUAAUGCGCUUUUAAGUAGACCUAGGCCUGAAGAUUCAACAGAGGGACAAGUUGUUAGUAUACACCAAACAGAUAACAUUUCACCAUCUGAUAUGAGUUCUUCAACUAGAAGUAAUGAGACCACUGAUCAACAAAUUAGCGAUCUUAUGCUAUUACCUCCUGCACUAAUGGCAUUAGAGUUAGGCUUGCAACCAUCUCAGAUUCGACAAGCAAUUCGUAGUAAUCUGCAAGAUAUUGGCCAACCUUUCCGUUCAAUGGAUAGUUUUAUGCAACAGGUUUUAAAUCAAGAUCAAAAUUCAGUUUUUUCUAAUGGAGAUACAUUGACUCUGGAACAAAUUCUUCAGAGAGAAGGACCAAUGGACAGAAUAGGUGUUACUCGUCAUCCUGAUAAUGAAUAUGUUUUCAAUAUGUCUGAAGACUCUAGUGACUCUAGUGAUGAUGAUAUAAUUCUUAUGUCAGAAAGUGAUUUAGAAGAAGAUGAACCAAUCUCUGAACCUCAAGAACAAAAUAUGACAAAUAGUCAAAAUGAAAGUGAUAUUCUUGAUACAAAUGAAUCUGUGUUUGUAGCUGACAGUAUUCAUUCCAAUCAAUCCAAUGAUAUUCAAAUUAAAGAAGAAACUAAUGUACCAAUUAACGAAUCUGCGAACAUAAAAUUAUCUCAUUCAGAUUUAGAAGAAGAAAACCGUCGUUUGAAGGAAGCCCGCCUUUGUAAAAUUUGUCUAGAUCAAGAAUUGGGUGUUGUUAUGUUACCUUGUGCUCAUUUAGUUGCAUGCAUCACUUGUGCUUCUAGUCUACCAGACUGUCCAUUAUGUCGACAGACCAUCAAGGCUACUGUUCGUACAUUCCUUUCUUAA